AUGGCAAUCACCCGGUAUUCCAAGCGCACACAUGCUCAAGAUGUGUUUGACAGCCUACACGCCCUGCCGCCGUGUCACCAUGGCCCCGACACUGCGCGCUGGGUCAUCGCGGUUGACGACUCCAAGGCCAGCCAUGGCGAUGAGCUCCCCACUGCCAAGCGCCAGCGAGUACUGCGCAACCUCCACACCACCUCGCAACGAUUGAAUGUCGCGACACGCAAUAUGGCUGCAGUCUCACCAACACGUCGAUCGAUGAGAAACAGUGGUAGCAACACUACAAAAAGGGUGACAGGGCGACCAGAAGAAGCAUAUACAGACGCACAACGAAGCGCUGAUGCGUUCUCCGAAGAUGCACCCUCGUUCCCCGCGCCUGGCUCAUCUUUACGCUCGCUGUUCCCUCCAAAGAAGAAGACGGUCUCCACGAAGGCGGACCUGGCAUACCUCAACCCAAACGUCGAGUUUCUUCCCUUGAGAAACACCGAAGAGAUGGGCAUAUCGCUACCCGAGUCUGUCACGGAGCUCUGGAGCUGUUGUGAGAAUCGACAGCGUUACUCGCUGACAACUGACCCUCCGAUUCCUCUUACCGACUACGACUAUAGAAUCAUCAACGACACCUUGUCCGACGCAUUCGAGCAGGCGGAGAAAUGGCGCGAUACAACAACUGAGCCACACUGGAUAUCCGUGGUGGUAGGUCCUAUACUACAUCUUCUGCGGCGGAUUGAGAGCUUCAAAAAUUCUCCUGUCCCUAAUGCGAAGGUUGCUGUUCUUGACGUAACGCCCACCGAGAUCUCCCCUGUAGAGCUCGUUCCCUUCUCUAAAGACCCGGCCCUCUACCAUGACCUUGAUAAACGCAUCGACUAUGUUGUUGGCCUUGACCUCCACCGAACCACGCUUAAAACGCUCCGCUGCAUCAAGUAUUGCACCACCGUCCCAUCUAUUAAUCAGACCGCUUCGUUUGCCAACGAGACUCCUAUCUUCCUCAACAUCGAGGUUAAGCGCCGACAUGUCGCACGGGACCCGACAGUUCAGUUCGCUGCUUGGAUUGCUGCCGAGUUUACAAAGCGGAGGUAUGAGGAGUGGGAUCUCGGGUUUCCGGUGUUCGCCGUCGAAAUUGAUGGCGACAAUUGGCUGCUGCGUAUUGCUGCUGCGCGCGUCACCAGUGCUGCAGCCGAGUCUCCUAUAGAAGGAGAAGGGGAUGUACAGGAAACGGAAGCGGAAGAAGGACCGAGGCCCCUCCCAGAAGAUGAAUACGACUCCAAGAGGUUGCUAGCCAACCUAGUUGAUAUCACGAAAUGGGGGCAGUCUGAGUUUCGGACGUGGUGGGAGGCCAAUGUGCAGAUGGUAUUGGAGAAGAGGAUACGGCGUUGA